AUGGCAGAGAUGGCCCGAGCAGCAAACAUGCUGGGACGUGUCACUGCAUAUGCCAUUCGACGAGGCUCCGCAAGAGAUAUUGCUUUCUUCCCUAAAAAGCAACAGGGUGGAGAUGGAAUGUCGACAAGUGAAAUCACAGAAGCGCUGAACCAUAAGAACUCCGCAACCUCGAUGACACUUGCUCGGCAUUAUGUCGGCGGACAUGUUCGAGAAUUUUAUAAUGAACGUGCGGCCAACAAGAAUAUUAUUCAUCGAAAAGAGCCUAAGUUCAGUAACAAUUCAGCACAUAGUAUAGAGUACCCCAGUCACCCCAAAAGAUGUGGAUAA